UCAAAACGCAAUAUGGGGACAUAAAUUAUUUGGGCCUGGCAGUGGCAACGCUGCGUUUCAUAAAUGUAGAUAUUGCAAUUGCUCAGCAUUUUGGUUGCGGUAUUUUACGGCUCGAUUAAGAUUAGUAUUAAUUUAGUUAUUUAUCUAAUUUGCAUUUGCAGUUGUAACUGUAACUUGUCUCACCCACCCUCACCUCACAAGCAGGAGUAAAUUAAUAAUUGUAAAUGUAAAUUCGUUUUGUUUAUAUUAUUGUGAUCUUGCGUUUUGGAUGUAAAAUUAUUGAGAUAAAUAAAAUCCUGAGUAAUCAAAUGGAAGUAAAACAGGAAAUUGGCGAUGAAACGUGUAAAGUAGAAUACAGUGACCUGGAUGAUGCUUUUUUGGAUGGCUUCAAAUGUGAAAUUAAGAAGGAAUCCAAUAGCCAAGGCACACUUGGCACAAAUGAUUAUUUAGACGUAAAGGAACAUCCUAUAAAUAUUAAAGUAGAACAACAUGAAGAUAUUCACCCAUUUGACCAAAAAACUGAAAAAGGUUGUCUCCAAGACCAAGACGAACCCAAAAUGGAAACUAUGGGGACACUAAUUGAAGAUUGGUCUUACGAUGGGGAUUAUAUGAGUCAACACUCCAAAGGAAAAACAUUCAAUAAAAAUGAGAAAGUUGCGACUAGACAAAGUCGUUAUAAGUGCGAAAUUUGUUUAAAGGAAUUUAGUCAAUUAUGUAAUUUGAAAGCGCAUUUGACAGUGCACACUGGAGAAACGCCUUACAAGUGUGAAGUUUGUCUUAAACAGUUUUCCCUGGCGGGUUCUUUGAAAACACAUUUGAGAGUGCACACUGGGGAAAAACCUUUCAAGUGUGAAAUUUGUUUUAAGCAGUUAACUACAGCACAUGGUUUAAAAUACCAUCUGAGAACACACACUGGGGAAAAAUCUCAUAAGUGUAAAUUUUGUUUUAAGCAAUUUAGUCGAUUAGAUACAUUGAAAACACAUGUGAGAGUUCAUACUGGAGAAACACCUCACAGAUGUGAAAUUUGUCUUAAGCAAUUUAGUCAAUUAAAUAAUUUUAAAAGACAUUUGAAAGUGCACACUGAAGAAAAAUCUUAUAAGUGUGAAAUUUGUUUUAAGCAGUUUACUACAGAGCAUGGUUUGAAAUACCAUCUGAGAGUGCACACUGGAGAAAAACCUUAUAAGUGUGAAAUUUGUUUUAAGCAGUUUACUACAGAGCAUGGUUUGAAAUACCAUCUGAGAGUGCACACUGGAGAAAAACCUUAUAAGUGUGAAAUUUGUAUAAAGCGAUUUGCUAUAAAAAGUAAUUUGAACAAACACUUAAGAGUGCACACUGAAGAAAAAUCUUAUAAGUGUGAAAUUUGUUUAAAGCAAUUAACCACAUCACAUGGUUUGAAAUUCCAUCGGAGAACACACAGAGAAGUCGUACUAAAACGUAAAAAUCGUGUAAAGUCAUGAAAUUUAAGCAAGUGAUUUGAAAUGAAAUUGAAUUGAAGUGAAAUUUAAGGGGAACUGAGCAAAAUGCAAAAUUUUGACGCAUGUUAAAAUUUUUAAUGUGUUAAAUAUAUUCAUUUUUUUCGAAUCCUGAGAAAACUAAUAAAUAUUUUUAAAAAAUUUAAACGCGGAAUGAAGCAUUACAUUAUUGCCGAGGGCCGAAAGUCUAUUAAUACUUAUACUGUUUAUUUUAAUAAGUUAGAGAGGUGAAAAUAAAAGAGAAAAUUUAGUGUAAUUUUUAAUUGCAAAUAUUUCAUUAAAAAAAACUUUUUAUUUAUUAUAACGGACUUUUGGAACUCGGUAAUAAAGUAGUCGUUCAUUCUCCUUUUAAAUUUUUCAAAAAUACUUAUAGUCCAGGAACCGAAGCUUUUCACCUCGCAAUUUUUACAGACUAGAUCGAUUUGAUUGAAAAUUUGAGAAUAAGUAGUGGAUAGUCCAAGGAUCAAAAUCUAUAUCAUGCCGAAAGGCGCUUUUACCAUGGAGGUGGUUGCCACCCCAUCUCGGAGGUGGAAAUUUUUUAUUAUAUCUUGAUCACAAAAGUGGUUAAAAGCAUUCAUUCUAAGCAAAAAAUGUUCUAUACAUUUUUUUGAUAAAAUUAAUAGUUUUCGAUUUAUUCGCUAUCGAAAGUGUUAUCAAUGUUUUUCGAUAAUAUAUUCAUUUACGAUUCACUCAAUUUUUGCCGUAGAAAAAAAAUUUUAAACCAAGUUCUUGGGAAUUAAAUAACCUACAAUUUCACAUUUAAACAUUUUUUCGUAUCUCUGAUGCUAAUCUUUCCAUUCUGAAGAAAAUGGCAUUUUUUACAAAAUUACAAAAAUUCGUUAUUCGCUUUUAGCUCCAGUUUUUUUUAAAAACAAAUCAUUCUAAGCCAGCCAAACGUCUAGAAUCUAUUUAUAAUACUAAUAUAAUUAAUUCAUAAAGAAGAAUGAAUACGGCCAAUGACUAAAAACACUGCUAACUUACAUUGUUAUGCUUCCAAUUGGAUUUCUCUUUUUUUUUUAAUAUACUGAAUUUUUAACCGUAACUUUUUAUUUUUUUUUUUUCUUAAAAAGUUUGGUAAAAAGAAUUUUGUAGAUUUUUACAAGAUCUAUAAUCCUAUUAAUAUUAAAUCUUUUUAAAAUCCUCAGUCGCAUAAAGAGGUGACUUUGAAAGGGUUGGUAAAGGUGGUUUUUGCAUGCUAUUACAAGUUUUAAUUGUCAAUUGCUCACUUAAUUUUUGACGUAGAAAAAAUUUUUGCAAACCAGAUCCUUGGGAAUUAAAUAAGCUACAAUUUCAUAUUGAAACAUGUUUUCGUAUCUCUGAUGCUAAUCUUUCUAUUCGCGGUGUGCAAGUACUCGGAAGGGAUUCGCGAAACGAUCGUGCGCGAAUAGCGGAGAAAUAUUGCAACUUGAAUAAUUCAUAUUGUCAAUUGAAAUUGUCAAAUUGACGUACAUUUCAUACCUAUUGUCAUUUAAGAAGAAAAAUUAUAUAUUGCUUUACAAUAUUGAUAUGAUAUGCAAUUAUUAUAUAAAGGUAAAUUUAAUUAAUUUUAUUUUGCUUGCAGUACUGCAUUUUAAUAACUAAUUUUAUUUACUACAUACAAUUGUUUACGUUUUAAUAAACAACCUAAAUCUUAUUUUUUCUUCUUAUUAUUUUUUUUUGACUAUGGCCUUGACAAUUAUCCAGUAACCAGGACCAAAUGAUUGGCCAAUAUAAUUAAAAGUGCGAAUAAAAGUGCAGAGCGAAGAAACCAGGUGUCGCUUUUCCGAACUUGCACGGUCCCAAUACUGAAGAUAAAGCCAUUUUUUUCCAAACUACAAAAAUUCGUUAUUCGCGUUCAACUCCCAUUUUUUUUUAAAACUAAUUAUUCUAAGCGUGUCAAACUUAGAAUCUAGGUCUAGAACCUAUUAAUAAUACAUAAAUAAAGAAGGCGAAAUAAGGUCAAUAACUAAUUUUAAUUAGGGUGGUGAUUAGGAGGUUGCUUCCCAUCACUUUUUCGCUGAAAAAAUAGGGACUGACAUUAUUUUCAUUAUAAGCCACUUAAUUUUUAAGCUAGAGAUUUUUUUUUAUUUCUGAAGAUAGAUAUUUUUAAAUACUUUAACUUAGUUUCAACAAGUUAUCCUCGAAAAAUGCAUAGUUUUCCCGUAUUUUGAUUUUGAAACUACAAUAUUUAGCAUUUGACGAAGAAGAGCUGACAUAUAAUAAAGUAUAGCUCGAUUACUAUUGGUCUUAAAGAAAAUUAAAAAAUACGGUUUUGUUUAGUUUUUCAAAAGGUACAUUUUUGUUAAGUAAAGUUGUUUUGGUAAAACGAAAACUUUUGGAGUUAUUAGCAUAAAACUCAUUAAAAACAUUUAUUUUUCCGAUAUAAAACUAACACUCUCGAUAGCGAAUAAAUUGAAAAAUAUUAAUUUUAUCCAAAAAAUAUAUAGAAUGUUUUUUGCUUAGAAUGAAUGUUUUUACCAACUUUUGCGGUCAAAAUAUAAUAAAAACUUUCCACCCCCGAGAUGCGGUGGCAGUCACCCCCAUGGUAAAAGCGCCUUUCGGCAUCAUAUAUAUUUUGAUCCUUGGACCUUGGACUAUCCACUACUUACUCUCAAAUUUUCAAGCAAAUCGAUCCAUUCUGUAAAAAUUGCGAGGUUUUGUCCUAUUUUAAGCUUCAUUAGUUUAAGUAUAUUCAAAUGGGAAAUAAGCCACAAUUUUACCUAAAAAUGAUUUUAUUAACGUUUCGACGCCCAAGUCGGGUGUCGUUGUCAAAAUACAAAAUAAUACUAAAUAAACAAAAAUGUUGUUGCUUAGUAAAAAAUUCUUCUAAUAAUUUAUUUAAUCUGACUCAUUUAUAUCGGCAAUUCAGACACGUAUUAUACAUUUUAAAGUAGACGACUUUAAAAUGAUAUUGCCAAUAUUGAUGAGUUGCGUUCCUGGGACGACUUUACUAAAAGAUAGUUCAUUCGAUUACAUGAAAUCAAUCCCAACUCAAGAAUAUCCGCCACAAAAAAUCAUAGCAUGUGAUGUGUCUUUAAAAAGACAACCAAAUGCAACGGUGGCACUGAAAUUCUCGCGUUAGAGAUUCCAUAGUAAAUUCAUUAGUUUACUUGGACUAUUAUUAGUUUUCUUAGAAAUUUUGGUACAUUCGUGAAAAUUUUGUAUUUCGUUCCGAUGCCCCUAAGCAGUUUAUUCAAGCAAGUGAUUUGAAAGUACAUUUAAGAGUGCAUACUGAUGAAAACCCGCACACGUGUGAAAUUUGUUUUUAGCAGUUUAAAGUAAAUAAUCUGAAAGGACAUAUGAUAAUACACACUGGUAAAUAAUCGUGAAGUGUGAAAUUUGUUUUAAGCAAUUUAGUCAAGCAAGCCGUUUGAAAAUGCACAGUGAAGAAAAACUAAUGUGACAUUUUUGAAGCGAAGCUUUUGUAGUGACGUUGUAUUAAUCAGCCCUGUGAUGAAUCACUCACGUAAAAUAUAACGUAAAGUUAUCCUGUAGUUAAUUUAUAAUACUCGAAUUGGUGUGAUGUAUCAUAUUUAACUUAACUACUUGCGUUAUUUCUUGGCAGUUCUUGAACUAUCUGAUAUAUCAACUAUCACUUUAUAACGCGAAGUUAAACCUCAAAUUAUGAGAUCACUCUCUAGUUAUAUGUUAAGGAUUGUAAGGUUAGGUUUAUGUUUUGAUUUGUUUUUAGAUAGAAAUCAAGUGAAUAUUUAACGUAGAACGCUGCUUCAGGUUGUCCCAGGAUCUUGUAUGGCAUUUUAUUAAUUUAAUAAAUCAAAUUUAAUAUCAAAUAUAAAGCAGCACAGAAUUAUCAAAAACAUAGAUCUAAGAUAACAAUUAAAAACACGUAGGUAAUAAAAUUAAAACAAUAAUAAAAAUGAAAAAGGAAGAUAAUAAUUUAAUAAAAAUAGAAGGGUAAUGCAAUUUUAAAAAUUAUACAAAAAUCAAACCGAGAGAUACAAGUUGAAAUUUUUAUUUAUAAACAUCCAAGGGUUUUAAGUACUGUUCUUUCUAUCUACUUUUACGAUUCACCACCGAACAGCUAUUCGGUCAUCGGUAGCCGUGGGUAGGUAUACCAACUUCUCGUGAUUCUCUUUCUCGCUCAAACUUGAACUGAUUCUACGUAAGAUUCUCUUUUUAGACAACCUAAUAGUUUCUUUCUUGUACAACGUCUAAGAAAUAACUCAUCUCAUAAUGGGGGAUGAUCCAUCACACGGAAUUUACGUUUUAAAGUUAUGGAGAUAGUUUAUAUGUCAUAGUUAUCAUAACUUUAACGCAAACGUUAAAAAAAUUCGGUAAUUCAUCACAGGGCUGAAUGUUUCUCUAUAGUAAACAGAAAAAUCGUGACGACCGACAGUCAGACAGAAGAGUCAAUUUACUCAACAAGGGAAGCCCCUUAUACAAUGUAAACAUUUCAUUUAAUUAUAAAACAAACCUAUUCCUUCUAUUAUGUGUUUCUACUUUUUUAUAACGUUAGUUGUUAAUAAAUACCUUUUAAACUA